UCCAUAUCGAAUCUGACACCCUGUAUAUAAGUCUAUGGUAGAAAUCUCGAAAGUGGCGCCACCUAUAAUUAAACUGACAUGGCCAACUUCUGCCUCCCUUGGUACUAUAAAACUAUUGUUUAAAACAUUUUUUCCUAUCUCUUUUAUUUUAAGAGAUAUUUAGCUGCAUCACUUAAAAUAAUACACCCUGUAUAUUACAGCUUGGACUAAAUUUUUACUUGUGUCUUACAGAUACCAUUUGGUAAUAAGUAUUCGAAGGAGUACGUUAUUCAUACGCUUCUCAACUGUAUGGCACCUCACGAAUUCAUUCCCAUAAUGUACAAGGUAAUGGGAAGUGAAGCCAGUUUCUAUAUUGACGAUCAUAAGACGGCGAACGCAUUGUUGCGUUGCGAUUGCAAGGUUCUGAUGAAUGACGGAUUCAAGUUACAAGUGAAGGCGAAGCCCGGAUUUCCAAUUUGCGAAAUUGAUGAAAAGUUGAAAGAACGAUUGAAGCAAGCCAUGGUUAAGAGAUAUGUACAAGAGAAAAAUGCUCUAGACUUGUCCAAGUUUCAUGUUGAUUCCGGUACGAAGAAAUUUCUGACUUUUAUUCCCCAAGGAGCGCCAAUGCGCGUAUAACGUGCGUUUAAUGCGCAUUUUACUGCAUUGGCUUCUAAACUGCAUUAAUUGUGUGUUCAAAAUGCGCGUAUUCAAAUGCGUAAUUAAUGCAAAUUGUAUGUACACCUCGAAAUUUUCUACAACCAAUGGCGAACGCAAAUCGCUAGGUCAACAUUCAUAACUGAUUCUUAUAUUUAAGACCGUCUUAAAUAUAAUCUUGAGUUCAAGAGCUAUUGCUUUUGUGAUAAUUAUAAUUAAUUACAUAUAUUAGCAU